UACAACGCUGCAGACAGAGAUGGUUAUAAUGUUGGCUCUAUCUCGUUCUUUUAUUUCCGCCAUUGCUUGAGAAAGUUUGGAAAUUAUGGGUAAACCAAGAGGUCUCCGCACUGCCAGAAAGCACGUCAACCACCGUCGUGAUCAACGUUGGGCUGACAAAGACUACAAAAAGGCUCAUUUGGGUACAAGAUGGAAGGCCAAUCCUUUCGGUGGUGCUUCCCACGCCAAGGGUAUUGUACUUGAAAAAGUUGGUGUUGAAGCCAAACAGCCUAACUCUGCUAUCCGUAAGUGCGUGAGAGUACAAUUGAUCAAGAACGGUAAGAAGAUCACCGCUUUCGUACCUCGUGAUGGUAGCUUGAACUACAUUGAAGAAAACGAUGAAGUUUUGGUUGCCGGUUUCGGUCGUAAAGGUCACGCCGUCGGUGAUAUUCCCGGUGUACGUUUCAAGGUUGUCAAGGUCGCUAACGUUUCAUUGUUGGCCUUGUACAAGGAAAAGAAGGAACGUCCAAGAUCAUAAGAUGUUUGUGUUUUAGUUUUAAAACCCAU